AUGGAGGUGGUGGAUAAGCUGAAGUUGGCGAAUAUGAAGGGGGAGGAGGAUAUAAGGAUGGUGGAUAGGGAGAUGAAGAUGCUUCCAAUAAAGUUUGUGAGGAAAUAUGGAGAAAGCUUACCAAACUCCAUACUUCUCAAGCUUUCAAGCAGUGCAGAAUGGACAGUAAACUUGGAGAAACAUGAUGGUAGAGUUUGGCUUCAAAAUGGUUGGAAAGAAUUUGUGGAGUAUCACAAUCUAGCUUAUGGGCACUUAUUGGUUUUCAGAUAUGAAGGAACAUCUCAUUUUCAUGUAUUCAUCUUUGACCCGAGUACCAUGGAAAUUGACUACCCCCUCUUAGAUCCUAAAAGGGCCUGCAAUGGUGAACAUAAACCAAGUAAGAAACGGAGAACGAAUGAAAAUAGUAACAAAUAUGACAGUUAUUCCAAUUUGCAAGACAUUUCUUUUCAUUCAACAAGUCAAAGACGAGAAAGACAUGGUUUGUUGAAGAAUCUAAGUGAAAUGUCAUCCAAUACUUCCUUCGCGGUGGAAAUAAAACCAAGGCACUUAAGGAAAUACAUUGCCUUGCCAAAAGGCUCUCUGAAGGGCUACGUCAAACCUGGUGGACAAAAUGUUACGCUGCUGGUUGGUAACAGAUCAUGGAAGGUUAAUUUGAUCUAUUACCCAAAGAAACCAAUGACUUGCUUCUCUGCACGUUGGUUAAUUUUCUCAAGGGAAAAUGAUUUAAAAGUAGGAGAUGUUUGCUUGUUCGAGCUGUUAGAGUGUAGUGAUGAUGACUUGCUUAAGGGAAAUGAUGAAAAGUUUGAUGAUACCUUUGCAAAGGGUAUCGUCAGCUUUUUGAAAUGUUAUUUGAGCAUAGGAGGGUGUCUUAGUACAUGGCUGAAAGAGAUAGAACUUUAA